CCUUCACGUUCCUUUCCUCAUGGCCGGUCAGUGAGACCGUGCGUGUCGAUUUAGUGGUAUCUUUUAUUGAAAUUAAUUAAAAAUCAGGAAACAUGUCGAAACGAAAAGGAAUGGAGGAGUCUGAUAGGCUCACACGUAUUGCAAUUGUAAAUGCAGACAAGUGUAAACCUAAAAGGUGCAGGCAGGAAUGUAAAAAAUCAUGUCCCGUGGUUCGAAUGGGCAAGCUGUGUAUCGAAGUUACAGCCAGUAGUAAGAUAGCAGCUAUUUCUGAAGAAUUGUGUAUUGGAUGUGGUAUUUGCGUUAAAAAAUGUCCCUUUGAGGCUAUAAACAUUAUUAAUUUGCCAAGCAAUUUGCAAAAGGAAACUACUCAUCGUUAUGGCAAGAACUCAUUUAAAUUGCACAGGCUUCCUAUUCCACGUCCAGGGGAAGUACUGGGACUUGUUGGGACCAAUGGUAUAGGAAAAUCGACAGCUCUCAAAAUUUUGGCAGGGAAACAGAAGCCGAAUCUAGGAAGAUAUACGGAUCCUCCAGAUUGGACAGAAAUUCUUAACCACUUCAGAGGAAGUGAAUUACAAAAUUAUUUUACCAAAAUUCUGGAAGAUGAUCUUAAAGCUUUAAUCAAACCGCAAUACGUUGAUCAAAUUCCGAAAGCCGUGAAAGGCACCGUGGGGCAACUCCUUGAUAAGAAGGACGAGCUUAAAAAUCAGGAUGACAUAUGUGAAAUGCUGGAUUUAAAACAUAUUAAAGAAAGAGAAAUCGCAGCGUUGUCUGGUGGGGAACUGCAACGCUUCGCCUGUGCCAUGGUGUGUAUUCAGGAUGGAGAUAUUUUUAUGUUCGAUGAGCCGUCUUCCUAUUUGGACGUGAAGCAACGCCUUAAUGCUGCUACAACUAUACGAUCGCUCUUGCAUCCCAGCAAGUUCAUAAUAGUGGUGGAACACGACUUGAGUGUCUUAGAUUACCUUUCCGAUUUCAUUUGUUGCUUAUACGGCGUCCCUGGUGCGUACGGUGUUGUCACUAUGCCCUUCUCGGUUCGUGAAGGUAUCAAUAUAUUUUUGGACGGUUUUGUCCCAACGGAAAAUCUGCGGUUCCGAGACGAAUCUCUUAUAUUUAAGGUGGCAGAAUCGGCUACGGAAGAGGAAGUGAAACGUAUGAACCAUUAUGAGUAUCCCGCUAUGUCUAAGACUAUGGGCAAUUUCCAGUUACACGUCGUUAAGGGUCAAUUCUCUGAUUCCGAGAUUUUGGUAUUGCUCGGCGAGAAUGGUACCGGCAAGACGACUUUUAUUAGGAUGCUGGCAGGGAAUUUGGAAGCGGAUAGUGGCUCGGGUGACCUACCUCAACUCCACAUAAGCUACAAGCCGCAGAAGAUUAGUCCGAAAUCUCAGGGCUUGGUGCGCCAGUUGCUUCACGAGAAGAUCCGAGACGCUUACGUUCACCCCCAGUUCAUAGCCGACGUGAUGAAGCCGCUGAAGAUCGAAGACAUAAUAGACCAGGAGGUGCAGAACUUGUCAGGAGGAGAGUUGCAGAGGGUAGCGAUGACCCUCUGCUUGGGAAAACCCGCGGACGUUUACCUUAUCGACGAGCCCAGCGCCUACCUGGAUUCCGAGCAACGUUUGGUUGCCGCUAAGGUUAUUAAAAGGUUUAUUCUGCACGCGAAGAAGACGGGUUUCGUGGUGGAGCACGAUUUUAUAAUGGCGACGUAUCUGGCGGACCGGGUGAUCGUGUUCGAAGGUCAGCCCUCGGUUAAGACGACCGCACAUUGUCCGCAGACGCUCCUGGCCGGAAUGAAUAGAUUUUUGGAGCUUUUAGGUAUCACGUUCAGGAGAGAUCCUAACAAUUUCAGGCCGAGGAUCAACAAACUGGAAUCGGUCAAGGACGUGGAACAGAAACGGGCGGGGCAGUAUUUCUUUUUGGAGGAUUAAGUUAUUUGUAUUGGCAUUUUUUUUUAACAGAGUUGGUUAACUUACUGUAAUUGUUCAGGUUUUAUAUUAUAAAAAAAAACUUGCAUCAUAUAGUACGUGGACAAUAUAAACAUUGAGGAACAA